AUGUAUGCAGCUCAUAUACUCGUAGCAGCUUCUUUAUUGACGAUAGGAGGAUACAUGCUCUUCAAUGAUUCAGGAGAAUCUUUCAACGUAGGAGAAUUCUUAGAGUCUACGUCUCCAUACAUGUGGGCUAACUUGGGUAUUGUAAGCUGCAUUGGGUUUUCGGUAAUCGGUGCAGCUUGGGGGAUUUUUAUUACGGGCUCCACCAUCAUUGGGGCUGGAGUUAAGGUCCCAAGAAUUACUACUAAAAAUUUGAUUUCAAUUAUUUUCUGUGAGGUUGUUGCCAUCUAUGGUUUGAUCAUGGCCAUUGUUUUCUCCUCCAAAUUGAAUGAUAUUCAGCCCGAGCUUUUGUAUACCAAGGAAAACAUGUAUACUGGAUAUUCACUCUUUUGGGCAGGCUUGACAGUUGGACUUUCAAAUUUAAUCUGUGGUGUUGCCGUAGGUAUCACUGGUUCUACUGCAGCUAUCAGCGAUGCAGCUGAUUCUUCUCUAUUCGUGAAAAUAUUGGUUAUUGAAAUUUUUGGGUCAGUCUUAGGUCUUUUUGGUUUAAUUGUUGGACUAUUAAUGGCGGCAAAGGCCCAGGAAUUUAAGUAA